CUUCCACAGGAGGAAAACUCUCUGUGGACUUGGGAGUCCACAUGCUUCACAGAAUCACAUUGCCUCGACCGGCGAAUUAUCGUGAAGAGCUCUGCAACUCCCGAAAUUCCAUAUUUCCACCGAGUUCCAGAGUCCCCACCAGCAAAACAAUGGCUUCCAUGUCCUUCUUUGGAACUUUUUCAACACCUUCACAGGGGUUUUCUCAAACAAAAGCAAGCUCGAAUUCUUCAGCUUCAUGCCCUCCCAUGGCGUGCUGGAUCAAAUCCUCACUUGGGUCUUCGCAAUCAGCACUUUUCCGAAAUGGGUUGUCUUUGCAAUCGGAAAAUUUUAAUGGGGUUUUGUUCAAAUCUCGGUCUUUGAGUGUUUAUGCAAGAGCAGCUACAGAGAAAAGUCUUUAUGAUUUCACUGUCAAGGAUAUUGAUGCUAAGGAUGUUCCUCUUAGGAAGUUCAAGGGGAAGGUUCUUUUGAUUGUCAAUGUUGCUUCAAGAUGUGGCUUGACUUCUUCAAAUUACUCAGAACUGUCACACUUGUAUGAGAAAUACAAAACACAAGGAUUUGAGAUUCUAGCAUUCCCUUGCAAUCAGUUUGGGGGCCAAGAACCCGGAUCAAAUGGGGAAAUCAAGCAGUUUGCUUGUACAAGGUUUAAAGCCGAAUUCCCGAUUUUUGAUAAGGUUGAUGUCAACGGUCCCAGCACAGCUCCGGUUUACCAGUUUCUGAAAUCAAAUGCAGGAGGUUUUCUAGGUGACAUUAUCAAGUGGAAUUUUGAGAAGUUUUUGGUGGACAAGAAUGGUAAAGUUGUUGAGAGAUACCCACCAACGACAUCCCCUUUUCAAAUUGAGAAGGAUAUCCAGAAACUGGUCGCAGCUUGAGUAAAAGAGCUGCAGAACAUGCACGGCGGCAGCCAGUAAGGAGAAGAUGGAGUAUAUAUGGAAAUACCUGUAUAUUGCUUGCUAGUUAAUAUCCUGUCUUGUCAGUAGUUUUCUCUUCGAAUACUUCUUGGCUCCUUUCAUGGAAUGUGACAUUCCUCCUCCAUGCAACACAUACGCUGAAAUAACUCAUUAGAAACACAAAAGGAAACGUUUAUGCAUCUGUAUCGAACUGUGAUUAGCAUAUUAGUAGGAAUGGCAACUUCCAAGCGUUUUUAUUUCUUUUUCUUUUGUAUUUGGACUAACUCCUUGUUGCUUUCUGUUCUCUUUUUCAUAUAUUGUGAUUACAAUCAUCA